AUGGUGCAGCCGGACAUAGGUGUGUGCAAUGUUGAUGCCCCCGAUGCAAACGAAAGAGAAAGGGAUUGCAGAAUGGAUAUUAGUCCGGAAGGUACUAAAUAUUGGUAUACGGAAUGUGACCGUAGCCUCAAACCAUAUCAAGGUCAGAUGUUUAAUACGUUAGAAGAUGGCGUCCAAUUUUAUACAAAGUAUGCCGCAUGUACUGAAUUUGAUGUGCGUCGAAGUUCGGAUAAAAAGAACAAUUACGGGAUUGUUCUGAAAAAGGAUGUAGUGCGUUCGAGGCAAGGGUUUAAAGAGAAUAGGGGGAAAGAAACUUUGGGUGAAGGAGCGUGUACGGAGAAGAAGCGACGACGGACCACAAAUAGGGUUGGUUGCGGAGCUAGAAUUGUAAUGAAGAUAGUUUGCGACGGGAGAUAUACGGUUCACAAAUUUGAAGAAAGACAUACACACUGUCUGUGCGAGGAAAGACACAAACCAUUUAUGAAAGUCAACCGCAAAUUGGAGAUUGCACACCAAGAAUUCAUUACUAAUUGUGAAAAAGCAAACGUUGGUGCUAGCAAAAGUUUCGACAUAUAUGCUGAAAUAGUAGGUGGGCCGGAGAACGUGGGUGCGACACAACAAGACUUUAAGAAUUACAGGAGGGAGCUAUUAGCGUACAUGAAGUGGGGAGAUGUGCAAAUGGUUAUAUCAAACUAUCUUGAGCAGAAAACUGAUUGUGCUGAUAUGUACUUCGAAUACGAGGUGAACGCAAAUGAUCAAUUAGCUCGUGUUUUCUGGGCGGAUGGUAUGGCACGGAAAAACUACGGUGCGUUUGGCGACGCGGUUUCGUUUGAUGCAACGUACAAAACAAAUAGGUACCACCUUGUGUUUGUCCCAUUCACAGGAGUAGACAACCACAAGAGAUGUGUGACGUUUGCAGCGGCCCUGAUCGAUAAGGAAGAUGUGGAAUCGUACAGUUGGGUAUUAAAACACUUCAAGAACGCAAUGGGGACUGCACCACCUUUAAUAAUAACCGAUCAAGACCCAGCCAUGAAAGUUGCAAUCGCAAAUGUGUUUGGAGGUAGUAGACACCGUUACUGUAUGUGGCACAUAAUGACCAAGGUCAGGGAGAAAGUGGGGGCUGAGAUGUCAAACAAUAAUGAGUUCCGGCAGGCAUUGAACAGUGUCGUGUGGAAUGAGGAAUCAACGAGAUCAGAAUUCGAGAUUGGGUGGGAAACAGUAAUUGCCAAAUACAACCUACAUGGGAACCGAUGGCUAACCCGUAUGUACGAAGAUCGUGCGGCAUGGGUUCCCGCAUUUUUCGAGGAUGUGUUCAUGGGUGGGCUACUACGUACCACUUCCCGUUCCGAGGCAGAGAAUAGGAUUUUCCAAGGAAACAUGAACAAGCACUUAUGCCUCGUUGAAUUUUUCAUCCGGUUCGAGCGUGCAGUGAGAAAACAGCGAAAGAACAACCUAGAACUAAGCGCAAAUUGCAUCGGACAUACACCAGAUUAUAAGACACCAUUACGCAUUGAGCGAUCAGCAUCAACAGUGUACACGCUGACAAUUUUUUAUGAGGUCCAAAAGGAAAUAAGUGCAGGGUGUUUUAAAUGUCGAGUACGAGCAUUCACUGAGGCAGAGGGGUUAAAGACGUAUGUGGUGGAGGAUGAAAACGAGCAUCGAUACACAGUUAUAGUGCAAGAUGGGAGCAACAUAGCGUGCACGUGCAGAAUGUACCAACGAGUUGGUCUCCUUUGUAGCCAUGUUUUUGUCGUACUCAAAGAUGAACGCAUCGAUCACAUUCCCCCGCAACAUAUCACACCCCGAUGGACACGAGAAGCUGUGAAGCACUCCCCCACUGAUCGGGACGCAGAUAAACAGAAUGGAAACCAGAGAUUGGGGAAUAGCAACAAUGAGGAAGGACAACUACUGAAUAUAUUUCAUAAAUGUUUGCGCAAGGCUAAAGGGAGACCCCAAAAAUUGAAGGAGAUGAGACUGUGCAUGGAAGAGUUUGAUGCAACAUUGGGGGAUGACGACGAACCUGAGGUGAUUGCAAGUGGGAAGCGUGCAAUAAUGGAGUCGUACUGCGGUGUCGUAACCCCAAAGACUAUUGAAGUUCAUCCACCCCCCGUUGCGAAAACCAAAGGGUCUGGAAAGCGAAUGAAAUCAGCAAGGGAGGCGGCAAUGACGGAGCAUCAUAAGAAAAAACGCACGUGCAAGACAUGCGGAGUAGCCGAUGGCCAUAAUAGCCGAACCUGCCCACGGAAGUAG